GAGGAGGGGUCAAUAGGUUUGGAGAUAAAGUAAAUAUUUAUUUUUACAACGUAGUAUUUUCUACGUAAUUGUUUCUAUUUUUUAUGUACAACAUGGAAACCAAAGUAGCAGUAGUAACUGGUGGCAAUAGGGGCUUAGGGUUCGAGAUCGUGAAGGGCUUGUGUAAGAAGUUCGAUGGUGCUGUGUACCUUACAGCUAGAGACAACGAAAGAGGAAGGCAAGCAGUGAGGAAGCUCGAAGAACUAGGUCUUAAGCCCUUGUUUCAUAUGCUGGACGUCACCAGCGAAGACAGUGUUCAAGAGUUUGCCAAGUAUAUUUCUACUCAUCAUAAAGGAAUAGACGUCUUAGUUAACAAUGCUGGUAUACUGGACUUUGACAAGCCCGUAUCGUCGUACGAAGACUCCAAAAAGUUAAUGGACACGAACUUUUACAGUUUGCUGACUAUAUCGAAAACAUUGUAUCCACUCCUUACGAACAAUGCUAGAAUUGUCAACAUAAGCAGUGAUUGGGGGCUGCUGUCGAAUAUUAGGAAACAAUUGUGGCUCGAUACGCUGGUCAAAGAUGAUCUAACGGUGGACGAGAUACUGCAAUUUGUUGAGGACUUCCUGCAGGCAGCUAAGAAUGGAAAAUCCACAUUCCUGUCAUUUGCCAGUCAUUACGGAGAUUACAAGGUGUCAAAAGUGGCAAUGUCGGCUUUAACGUUUGUGCAUCAGAGGCAGUUCAAUGAGGAAGGCAAAGACAUUUCAAUAAAUUGUGUUCACCCAGGCUUUGUCAAAACUGAUAUGACGAAAGGCAUGGGAGAUUUUACUCCAGAGCGCGGUGCUCGAGCCCCACUUUACCUGGCAUUGGAUGCUCCCCAGUCACUGAAAGGUACCUUCGUAUGGCAUGACUGUCAUCAAGUGAAUUGGGAUGACUAAGGAUGGAACUGGUUAAAUCAUUGUCGUUAAACCACGUUAAUCCUGUGAUAACAGUGUCACAUGCACUUUAAAUUUAUUAUUAAUAUAAUGGUUUCAUUUAGAUACAAUAUUUUUCAUUGUAUAUUGCAACCCAUUAUCAACAAUGUGAGACACAGAGAGCUUUUUUUAAUUAUUUUACAGAUAUACCUAAAUCAUGUUGUUUGUUAUUUUCUUAUUAGAUACUUUUUUAUAUUUGAAACAUCAUCAGUAAUGAACAAAAUUAAACAGUAAG